AACUCUUUUUAUUCGUCAAAUAAAGCUCAUAUGUGAUUUGAAGAAAAAAUGGCUUGUGGAAAUUUUUGGGAAAAAAUUUUUCGGUUGUGGAAAUUUUUGGAUUUUGUGUAAGGUUCUGCACCUCUGCUUUCAACAAAUAACAGUCAAUUGUACUCCAAUUAUAUGAACGAAAAGCGUAUCAAGAUGUUUUUCGUCGAAUUAUUCGUCAUAUUCUUACUGACUUUAAUUUGAAGGAAGAACAACGACGUGCAACAUUACAUCAAAUAGUACAUCGUUGGCCGGCAUUAUGUUUUGAUGAUGGUAUUAAUCAAAUUAUAUCUGAAGGUGACAAUACGUACAAAAAAUCAAUAACUUGGACAUGUGUACUAUCGUUUAAAUGUGAAAAAUCUAAUCGAAUUGGAUGUCAACAAAUGAGAAAUUUUAACUUAACCGUUAAUUGUGAGACGGUCAUGAUGAAUGUAAAAUCACAUAUUAAUAUUGAUGAUAAUAUUAUUGAGAAUAAAAUAAUACCAUCAGUGAGAUGUUUGAUUUGUGAAGAAGCUGCAACAUGUCUUCAAAAUUUAUUUAUUCAUUUAUGUGAUAAACCAAAAUAUUUGUUUGUUAAAUUUACUCAGUCCAUUGAUAUUAAUAAAUAUGAUUCUAUAGAUGUUGUUUGUACAAAAACGCGAUCUUUUUUCUCAUUUAAAUUACAUUGCAUAUUUGUUAUUACUGACGAAUCAAAAAUUCACCUAUUAAUACGUAAAGAUACGAAAUUGUUCUCGUUAAAUGAAAAUACUAGCACGUUCAUCGAAUUACCAGCCGUUCAAUUCUCAAAAGUUCAAAAUGCUGCUAAACAUCUGAUGUUAGUUUAUACGAAUGGUUUUUUUUACCGAGUUAUAGGAAAAAUACUGAAAAGUAUUGUUUAA